CUGCUUUAUUCACACUGCCAACAUUACACUCUGCUAGUUGGCUAAUGGCUAUCAGUGUCGGUCGAUACUGCGGAAUAGGUAGCAAACUAGAUGGGUUUACCGCGACAAAACAAUGUCGCCUAUUUAGGAAUCACAAUGUCAUUAAUCGCAGCCUGAGAUCAGAGAAGUAGACUAUGACAGACAUUCACAAAUCUGUUGAUUUAUGUGUUUACCCGCAGGCCGAUUGUUAUGAUUUUAGCUAAGCGUGACGCUGUGUGAUUAAAGUUGAGCAACAGUGUUCAGAUAAUCGAGCAGGUCAGUGUUCCAAGAGCUCCAAACCGACUCUGCAGCAGAUCAGUAGUGGAUGUUCGUGUUUAAUCGUGUGAUUCGUAAGGAUAGAUGCAUACAACUGACUAGCUAACCGGCUAAUACACCAGUCCAAGUGAGAAGUGUCUGCUGGCACCAGACAUCGGCCGCUUGUAACGUUACAGGAUCUGUUGUUAAACUCUAAAGUGGUCCUCGAUCUUGAGCUGAAAUGGAUGACUUCAGCUCCAUCAGUCUGCUGUCUCUGGCUAUGCUGGUCGGCUGCUAUGUGGCUGGAACUAUUCCCCUAGCUGUCAACUUCUCUGAGGAGAAGCUGAAGUUGGUGACAGUGUUGGGAGCAGGGCUGUUGUGUGGCACUGCACUGGCUGUCAUUAUUCCAGAGGGAGUUCAUGCACUCUAUGAGGAAAUGCUGGAAGGUGCACACCACCAUGGCCACGGGCAGGUGGAGACCGAAGUUUCUGAACAGAAGGUUGUAGAAGGAGACGUGGUGCAGAGCGGUGAACACGGCCACAGUCACGAGCAGCUCCACGCUUAUAUCGGCGUCUCUCUUGUGCUGGGCUUCGUCUUCAUGCUCUUGGUGGAUCAGAUCGGCAGUUCUCACAUGCACAGCAGUGACGAUCCAGAAGCAGCAAGGACUGCUAGCUCUAAGGUCACCACCACACUUGGAUUGGUCGUUCAUGCUGCAGCUGAUGGUGUUGCUCUUGGAGCGGCUGCGUCCACAUCUCAGACCAGCGUCCAGCUCAUUGUAUUUGUGGCCAUUAUGUUGCAUAAGGCUCCUGCCGCGUUUGGACUCGUCUCUUUCCUCAUGCAUGCAGGUUUAGAAAGAAACCGUAUCCGGAAACAUCUAUUGGUCUUUGCCUUGGCUGCCCCUGUUUUGGCCAUGCUCACCUACGUAGGACUCAGUCAGGUUUUAGAUUUGAAAGUGCGAUCUACGAACAUGAAUGCUGCUGUGUUCGUCACCAAGUUACUUAACUGUUACCUUUGA